AUGCAAGCAGGAUGGGAAGAAAAGUGGACUCCAGAAGGUAGACCUUACUACAUUGAUCACAAUACCAAAUCUACACAUUGGGAGAGACCUGCCCCUGCCCCACCUGCUUAUGGUGGCUACGGCUCUCCUCCUCCACCUCCAGCAUCACGUCCUGAAGGCUUUGGAUACCCACCCCAACCACCUCAACAAGGUGGCGCAUACCCUCCUCAACAACAGCAUCCUGGCUACCCUCCUCAGCAAUCAUCCUAUGGCAGCAACAACUCUUACCCUCCUGCUCCUGUUGCUCAAUCUCCCUAUGGCGGUGGAAGCAACCAUAGCAGCCCAUACCCCCAACCUCAGCAAUCACCCUAUGGCAACACUUACCCUCCUGCACCUCAACAGCAACAGAGACAAGGUGCUCCUCCUCCUCCUCCUCCUUCGCAAGCUGCUCCUUAUGGUGGUGGUGCUUAUCCUCCUCCUCCUCAACACCAAGCAUCUUAUGGAGGCAACAGUUCCUACCCUCCUGCUCCUCCAUCUCAAGCAUCUUCCUAUGGCGGCUCACCUCACCAGCAACAAAGACAACAAUAUCCUCAACAAGGAGGUUAUCCCGGCCAACAAGUGCAAUAUGUUCCUGCUGUACCUCAAUCCAAGCCAAGUGGCAUGUCCUCAGGUAUGAAAAUGGCCGGUGCUGCAGCAGUAGGUGUCGCUGGUGGUCUUGCUAUUGGUAGUAUCAUGCACCAUGAAGAGGAACAGAGUGAUCGUAUUGAGCGUUUGGAACAAGAGCAACGACAAUUAGAACAACAACAACAAUACAACCAACAACCUUCAUACAAUGCUCCACCUCCACCUCCACAGGAGCCAUACAAUGCUCCUCCCCCAAUGGAACAACAGCCCUAUAAUGGAGGAUACGGCAACUACAAUCCUGGAGACUAUCAACAACCACAGGAUGGCGGAGGAGACACUCAAACUACCAUUAUUCGUGAAGAUGGUGGCUGGUUUGGCGCAGACAGAGAGACUGUGAUUACCACUGAUGAAUAUGGAGGACAGACAAUUACUGAAAGAAAGGAUGGUUGGUUUGACAAUGAUGUUGAAGUUACUCAUAUUGAUCCCAAUGGCAAUACGACCUAUGAGGAGUACGAUGAAGAUAACAGCGGCUUCUUUGACUAG